CUUGAACAAAGUCCUCAGGCGGCUUCAUCAAGAUCAUCAUCUGAAGUUGUUGGCAUGUAUCAUGGCGGCGAUCAUCCACUCGGAGACUUAAUGGACCGUCACGAAAAGAUAUCCCUUAAUUGUUGCAAAACAUAUGUCGCUCAGCCUCCAUAUAGCCGGCAGCCAUAUCCUCAUGCCUUUUCCACGGCAUAUACGCCCCAGUCGCUACUUGUAUCAGCUUGCACCCCGGGUCCACCACCUACAGUCCAGUUCACGUGACCAGUACCCACCAUCACAGGCGGUUCACACAUGAAGCUGCACGCACGCACUGCACCAGGCGCUGCACAGUGAACCACAACUCCACUUGUAUCGCGUAUAGAGGCAGGGGCAAAAUGUUAUAGCCCGGGCUUGAUAAAACCUUAACUGCUCCUCAUAUUGUUACCUGAGCGCUCUCCGUUCAAGACCGUCUGUGGUCUGUGCCUCGCGAACCUCAGACGGCAUCUGUCUCAACUUCGCCAAACCGACCACUCCGAAGCUUCCACGGCUGCCAGCCGCAUUGAUGCCCCAUUGCCUGAAGGCAUUGCAUCAUACAUCGGGGACCUUUGUUAAAGCAGUCGCAGUUCACGAGAACAAAGCAGCCCUAUGCCCCGUAGUACAGCAUUACGCGCCGAGCCAGUGGGCUACCGCUCAGGCCUUUUCACUGCACGAGCUGUUGGAGAAAGGUAGUCUGCAGUGUUGACCGUGAAUGACCCUUGACCUAAUAUCGUCGACAUCUACUUACUAUACAGUGCCCACUUCUCGCCAUAUCCCGCAUCCCUUCAUAUUUUCCUUUCUAUCUUUUUCUUAACGGCUCUUAGCCUCUUCAUCAUCGUUUUAUUUUUAUGGCUUGUACUGCAAAGCGAGUAGUUCGACUUCUAAUACUUUAGUUCGCACUGUUGUCCAGCCUUUGCUUCAAUUUCGUUCCGACUUCCAUAAUUCUAUUCCUAUCCUGAACCCGUAACCCAAGAAUAAACCAACAACACCGCAAAUAGACGAAAGAGCUAGAUAUAUCGGGAACCAUGAAGACGCCCCAGUUCAAAGUCCCUUCUAUGUUGGGCAAAUUCACCAAAACCACCACCCCCAAGACGCCUGUGUUCAACCAACCCGUUUCACUACAAAGGAAAUACAAGCUAUCACGCACCAUUCACGCCAUCCUACUCACUCUCCUCACCGUAAUCUCGAUCGUCGUUAUCGUCUUGAAGGCCCUGACCAUCAACUUCAUCGAGGACAACCGCGAUACGGGCUUCCAAUUUCUAAACGACGAGCAAAAUGUCAUCAUGGCCGCCCUCCCAAAACAGCUAUACACGACCCCCGCAAAGCUUGCUCUUGUUUCGGGGGCCAUCUCAUCCUUCGUUAGCAUUGGACAUCUCCUCUUCAUCGCCAUGGACUGGAAAGAGGGCAAAAAGAUCCAAGCCUACGCAUUCCGCCGAAACAUGAUGUUUCUCCACUUCAGCAAUAGCGUCAUGAUCCUCUUCGCUCUCGUCUCCCUGGCCAUGACGCACAAAUCCUCGUCGCACUUUAGCGAGCGCUACAUCAACUUCAAGGCCGACCUCGCGUCUUCUGAAGACGGAAUGCGGUAUAACCGCGGCACCUUCGACCUCGAGACCUGGUCCUGCGAGCUCCAGACCGUGCCCGGUGCGCGGAUGGUCGCCGAGGACUACGGCAGGCAAUGUGCGGCUGAGAUCUCGGGCCGUAUCAUGAUGAUCCCGUUCUUGAUCUUGGGCUGGGGGCUCGCGGGGUUGAGUAUUUGGGUCAUGAUUGGCGGGUGGAGGGAUGCUAAUGGACAGAGGAUGAAGACGGCUUCGGUGGAAUUAGAGAUGGGGAAGAUGAGGGCUGUAGAUGAGGACUGA